CCCCUCCCCAUCUCCUUAAAGUCUGCCGAGAUCAGAGUACAGUGUACACGUAUGCCGAUCACGCCACACAUUAAGAUCAGGCAGCCUACAUAUAUGCAUACCCAUGGCUGCCUACAGACAGUCCUGACUGGCUGCGUUGGGAUAGCAUCAUAUAAUUAGCCAGCGAGCUCUCAUUUCCCGUGCUGGGCACAGCGCCCAUCACCCCACUGCACUUGCAUCGGCAAGACGGUCCUCAUUUUUGCUCUCUUAAUUUCCUGUUCAGUCAGUCUCUGAACUGCCGCUGUCGACUGCUCAUCAUCAGCAAUCUGAUUCUGAAAUCGAAAAUGAGAAGUGGACAUUGUCUACAUGUACCUCUGCAAGAGUAGUUUUCUAGUGAUUGCCUUACAGAUGGUGCAUUAGUGCUCUUGUGAAAGGCUGUGCAAUCGUGCGUAUAUAGAAUCCAUGCAUCAAGACUAGCAGAGCAUUCAUGUCUUACAAUAUCUUAAGAGCAUUGACAAUAUGGUACAUUUCUGUUGGUACGGUGGAGUGUUUUUGGGAGCGGUAGACUUUGUGCACACGUACAUGUCAUCAACUCAAGCAUACUCUAAUGCGUAUUGUGUGCGUGUGCCCAUUGACUUCAAUAUUUUACUGUAAUUCUUGGGCUUGAACGGUUUGUCUAAUUGGUAUUUUGCAUGGUACCGUACACCCUGUAGAGGGAGAUUUCCCCUAGUGUUCCAAGCCUGCGCAUAAUUGAUGCUGCCGUGCCGACGAUUCACAUCAAAGGAGCUUGAUGCUGUGGCUACUUCUCCUGUUCACCCUAGUUGUGUUUGUCGUCAGUGUUGCCACGGUAAUCCACUUUGCCAGCAAAGUCCUCCGUCUGCGUCUCCGGAUUUGGGAGUAUCACGGUCUCCUGGAUGAAAAUUCCCCAGAUUCUGUAGACAUCCUGUACCCAUCCCCUCCUUCUGGAUUCUGAGCGAAGGUCCCAGCUCAGAAUUGUCUUCGUUUCGCAAGUAGCUUACGUACUCCCUGAACACAAACCAUUCUCACUGGAAAGUGGACUAUUCAGGAAUUGUGUAGUCGAUUCAAAGACGAGUAAUGUGAUAGCACUCUUAUGGAUUGUAUGAUUUGAUAAAGACGGCGACGGUUUACUGACGGAGCUUUAAAUAUCAGGAGGCGACUGGAAAAAGACUGAGUAAGAAAUCUGCAUCGGCCGUUGAGAACUCUAAUAUUAGAUCCUCAGGACGAAGGUGACACUUGUAGCACAUUUGUUACCUGCAUUAAUUAUCGGAGUAACAUUGAAUAGCCUUCACAUGCGAUUGGUGUGAACUUGUGAAGCUCUUUGAGUAUAAAAUGGAUGCCGACUUACCCCAGCCCGGCACUGAAGGAGGGACAGCCAUGGCGGACACUAUCUACCUGUGCAACUUCCGAGUGUCAGUAGACGGGGAGUGGCUGUGCCUUCGGGAACUGGCUGACAUGACAGCAGGCACGCCCGGUGCCACGCCCAAGUUAAUGUCACCAUCCGAAGAUGAUGAAGAUAACAGUGUCAUGAAGAACCCCAUGCUAGUAGAGCGAAGCAACCUGCUCAAUGUGGCCAAGCUCUGCAUCAAGAAUCUCAUUGAGUCGGCUCUGGCCGAGGCAAGGACACUGGACGAUGAACACGUUCCACUCCAGCAAUUCUUUGUCGUCAUGGAGCACAUCCUGAGCCACGGAUUGAAAUCUAAAAAGACCUUUCUUGAGAAGAAAAAGUCCUUCUGGGGUGCUCUGGAAAGCCUUGAAAAGACCACGCCAGAGGCAGAGGAAAUCACCGACAGUGUACGCAACUUGCCAGGCAUCAAAACCAGUCUGGGGCGAGGCAGAGCUUGGUUGAGGUUAGCUCUGAUGCAGAAGAACUUAGCGGACUACUUUAAAGCUCUCCUAGAAAGAAAAGAUGUAUUGAGUGAAUGGUACGAGCCCGGCGCCUUGCUACUGGAGGAAGAAGCACCUGUCAUAGCGGGCCUGUUGGUGGGCCUGAACGUCAUCGACUGCAACUUGUGCUUGAAGGGGGACGAUUUAGACUCGGCCCCCUCCGUCAUUGACUUCAGCAUGUACCUGAAGGACGGCAACUAUCUGGAAAAGCCGCAGGAAAGCUCUAGUGGGGAAGCACCUGAGGUCAACUUGACAGCCCUGCUGGAUCAGAAGAACUACUUGGAGGAGCAUAACCGACACCUUGCCUCCCAGGUUAACGUCCUUCAAGGAAAGAUCAAAAGCCUUGAACAGGCCAGCAAUCUGGCUAAGGAGGAGCUGGCCGUGGCAAACAACAACAUCUUGUCAAUCCAAGCCGAAAACGACAGACUUAAAGCAGAAAACGACGCCAUGAAGAAUGAGGUUCAGCGGAAGUUACAGAUUGUGAGGGCUGACAUGGACGUUGAAAGGGAAACCUACAACACCUCAAGGAUCGGUCUGAAUGAGUUGUACGGUGAGGCGCAGGACAAGCUACAACAUGAGGCUCAAGUCAGACAGGAUGUGGAGCAGGAACUAAAGUUGCAACUAAGCUUGAAGUCUGAGAUGGAGAUGGCCAUGAGACUGCUGGAGAAGGACAUCCACGAGAAACAAGACACGAUCAUCUCCUUACGGAAACAGCUGGAGGACAUCAAGACCAUCAAUAUAGACCUCUACAAUAGACUACAGUCCUCGGACAGUUCUCUUCAGCACAAGGCGGAUCUUGUCAACAAACUUGAGGAAAAGGCUGAACAAAUGGGAGCCACCAUCACUCAGAUAGAGGAAAGACUGAAGAAGGCCGAAAAAGAGAAAGAGGCCGCUGUUGAAACCUCCCGAAAGUUGGGACAGCAAAUAGCGGAGAAGGACGCCAAGCGUGCGGCCUUGGAGACGGAUCUGAAGAUUGAGCGGGAGUGGCGGGCCUCGCUGCAGAAGGAGCUGUCCAGGGAGAAGGAGCUUGUGGCCCAACUGCAGCGGGAGACACUGGAUGCCAAGAAGCUGCAGGACGAGCUGGUGGAAGUGACCAGGCAACACCAAAAGUUGAGAGAGGAGUGCUCAGGCCAGGAGCAGGCGCUGAUCGAGAUGGGCGACAAGCUGAGCGAAUCGAGGUUGAAAAUGGAGAGCAUGCAGGAAGCAGUACAGUCCCUGGAUAAGAGGGUGUGGGCUGACGACAAGGAGAUAACUAGCUGCAUGCAGUGUGAAAAAGCCUUCUCUGUCUCAAGGAGAAAGCAUCACUGUCGUAACUGUGGAGGAAUCUUCUGCAACUCCUGCUCCGAGAACGUGAUGCCCCUGCCAGCCUUUGCCAAGCCGGUACGCUGCUGCGACCGGUGCCACACAGAGCUCCUACAACGCUAUUCGGUAUCAUAGUGCACAUGUUGAAGGUUGUAGUGCUUUGUAGUGUUCUGUGUGUUCACAUUGAUGUAAAUUCAGAUCUGUUCUUUGUAGCCAUAAAUUCUACAUGUAUUUAAAAAAAACCUCCCCAAGAACAAAUCCUGCGCCCUUUAUGAAUUAUUUGAAGAGUUUAGCAGGUGUUAAGACAUCAAAGGUUGUAUUUCCGGUGCAAGGUUCACUUGAAAAGGUUAUGAUUAGCCUAUUUACUGAUUUCAGACACAUGAAAAAGGUGACACUCUUCACAUUCACAUUGGGUUUUUGGGGUACUCAAGUAUGGUGGCUUUGAAGGAACCCUUUAAAACAAUGUACUGCCUUCUACAUUCCUAUUUGUUCAAUUUCUCUGUAAUAUAGUCACUGGAUGAGAAGCAAAUUUGUGAGUCGUCUUUUGUGGCAUAAAAGUGAAAUGCAGCACCGUGAAACGUAGUGUGUGAAAAAAUUUACCUGUCUCAAAUAUAUACACUUGUGCAAGAAGUUAUUUAAAGUUAUAUUCCUGUCUGAGUCAAUUGCACCGAGAGUAUUGUUGUAGAUAUGUCAGAUAUGAUUCCAUCAAGGCAAGAAGACUGUCUUUAUAGGAAUUCCAUCAUGUGCUAUCGUUAAGUUCCCUUUAAUUGCAAGACAUGCUAAGAGAGCUUUAUGCAUGGUCGGAAACCAAUUUGCUGGACGUGUUGUUGUGCCAUUUCUGUGCCAUUUUUGGCCAUUUGUUCUGUUCUGUCUUUGUUUUCUUGAUUCGCAACAGCUGGUGCUUGCAAACAACGUACAUUUUGCUUUUACUUCAAGUACGUGUUUCAGCAGUAAUGUUGGAGAUUGCUUUUUCCUAGAAUUCAUCUGCCACUAUUGCCUUCAACUGCAUAGCAUGAAAUACAUUUUUACCUUUUGGUUGAUUUUUAAGAUUCUGUUUGUUCUCCGAGAGAGCAGUUUUUGAAGUAGGUUGAGAAAAGUUACAGGUGAGCAGAGAUUUGCGUUAAAAUUGCCGAUAUCAAGAUUGAAACAACCCAAGCAUAGUUCUAGCAUAUUUUGGGGGGGGGGUAGUGACUAAAAUGUGAGAAAUUUUCGAGGAUCUGAAAUGCAGAAACCUUGAAAAUGUUGUAGCAUUGGUUGACCGUAAAUAGGAAAGUUAUCUGAAUUAGUUAGAUUACAGAAAAAAAUUGCAAAAGUAUGGGCAGAGGUUGUGAUAGUAAUCCCUCACAUUACAGCAGAAGUUUUUGAAACAGUUGAUAUAAAAGCAGUUUUGUGGAUGGGCCAGACAGCAUUUUGUGUUGAGGAUCUAAAAUUCCCUUUCCGCCUUGUACAACUGCAUGACGGAACCUGAAGGCAGAACUUGAAACUAAGUUGGUUCUCGAUCUCAAUGUUGUACAAAUGAACGGGAGCAAAAUAUCUAUGGGGUCUAAUACAGUCUAGCCCUAAAGUUCUUGGAAGUGUAACAAGCGACUCUUUAUCUCCUCUAAACUCCAAAAAAGUUCCAGACCAGUAGUGCCCUGGAACUUAUUGACAGAGCAGUUUUAUUAUCUUAUACUUUUUCAUGUCAACAAGUAUUAGUUUUAGAAAAGUGUCAUGCACAAAGUCUGACUACCAAUGGGCAGGUGCUUUACUGAUUAAGUAUUGAUGUAGGCAAUGUUGUAGUCAAGCCCUUUUUCAAGCCUCCAAAUGUAUUGAAGUGUGGGAUGUUAUGGUAGGAAGCUUGCUGGCUCUGUCCACCGAUUGUUUUGAAUGAGUGAGACUUUUGGCCUAUUGGUUUGACACAGACAUUCAAUGUAUUUUCGCAACUGUGUUGAUAUUUCCAACUUGGUUGUUUUUUAUUCAGAUGCACACAAUUUUGCCCAUCAUAAAAAGCAAACUGUCUGGUUUUAGGGAUGUUAUCCUAACUUAAGUACCCUAUACAUCAGUACAUUUGGAGGACUUUGAAAAGGAUCUAACCACACUGUCUGUAGUGGCAAAAUACGGCUAACAUUUCUUUGUAAUCAAAGUCCAAAUAUUUAGUGUUAAAGCCCAGUUUCUGUCGGAACGUUAGACCUCUUUGUUUAUAUUGGCAUCUCAUAUUCCCCAUAUAACCCAGGGUGUAUGUUUAUUUUCACAUUUUACUUAAUAUUUUGCAUGUAAAUAUGUACAGCAUCAAUGUAAUCUCUGCUUUUCAAAGGCUGUGUACAAAUGUAAAAAAAAAACGUCAUACAGAAAUCAGAGACUUUAAUUUUAUUGAAUAAUUUAAUUUGUAAUUAAGGCACAUGCAAACCGUGAGUCUAGAUUGGCAUUAUGUGUGAAGUAUCAGAAACUGCAUGUCAAGUUAAUGUAGGCAGGCUAUUUGUGAUUAGAGGAUAUUUAAGUCUGGUGUCAAAUACCAAAUUGAUAAAACCGGAAUGUAUUUUAAAAAAAGUGAACUCUUGAGAGAUGUGUAUAUGAACCUACUCCAUGUAUUAUUUGUUGCAGUCUUCUUUUACUUUAUGGUGCUUUGACAUGGGUUGCUGAUUUUUAAUCAGUGAUAAGAGAGACCUGACCAAGAAGGACAUGUUUUGCAUCUGUUUUGUUAGUUUUUAUUUAUCUGUUUGAUGUAAGGUUGGCCUUUUUGUGUUUUCAUUUUUGAAGGGGUGUGAAAGCUGUAAUUUUGGAAGAUUUGUAGCAUUGUUUCAGCACUUCAAUCGGAAUAAUCUGUCACAGUUAGACCGUUGAAUUUCAUUUUAUCUUGAGGUCUACUGUGUGCUUCUUAAGCAUCAGUAGAUUAAAUGAAGCCUUGCCUUUAAAUGAACUGA